CAGAAUCCACACCAAGACAACCAUGAAGUUCCGUACGAAGCAAACUUUCCUUUUUCUGGUCUCUGUUUUUUGUCUCUGCGUUGCUGCAGAGCUGCAGGCACCUGAAGUCCACACGGAGCUCGGGAGUCUGAGAGGUGAGUCUGUGACUGUGAAGGGCAAAGAGACAAGAGUCCACGCCUUCCUGGGUGUCCCAUUUGCCAGGCCACCCGUGGGUCCUUCCCUGAGACUGGCUCCACCUCGGCCUGUAGAGGGAUGGAAAGGAGUGAGAGACGCCACCAAGCAGCCACCCAUGUGCAUUCAACAUAGACAGACAACUCUUGAUAUAUUUUCUAAUUUUGGUGAACUACUGGACGAUUUGCCAGACAUUUCAGAAGACUGUCUUUACCUGAACAUUUACACGCCUGCAAACAGAGCGAAAGAUGCCAAGCUCCCAGUCAUGGUCUGGAUCCACGGUGGGGGCCUCUUUUGUGGGUCAGCUUCAAUGUAUGAUGGCUCUGCUCUGGCUGCUUACCAGGAUGUGGUCGUGGUGUUGAUCCAGUAUCGUUUGGGAGUUCUGGGCUUUCUCAGCACCGGAGAUGAACACAUAUCAGGGAACUUUGGGCUCAUGGAUCAGAUAGAAGCUCUGAGGUGGGUCCAGCAGCACAUUCACAACUUUGGAGGAAACCCAGAUUUAGUGACCAUAUUUGGGGAGUCAGCUGGUGGAGUGAGUGUAUCUCUCCUGCUUUUCUCACCAUUGUCUGAUGGCCUGUUCCACCGUGCCAUUGCUGAGAGCGGCACAGCUGCAAUGGAUUAUCUUGUGUCAGAUAAUCCUCUGCCAAUGACGCAGAUGGUUGCAAAUGCAUCUGGCUGUAGCAUCGAAAGCACAGAGAAGAUUGGGGAUUGCAUGAGAAACCUUGAUAUUGACACUAUAGUGGCUCUUGCGAAGCACGCAAACUUGGGAUCUUCGGCAAGUGUUGAUGGACACGUCCUGAUAAACCCUGUGGAGGAGCACCUCCGUAAACAUCAAUUCUUCCCUGUACCAUUUAUGAUUGGCGUUAAUAAUGACGAAGCGGGAUUUGUUCUCCCUAAUUUCUUUGGUCCUCCUGACUGGAAAGAAGGAAUGGAUCGGGAGCAGGCCACGAACCUAAUGUCCAUUUUCUUACCUGAUCCUAAAGAUGCAGUCAAGAGAGAUUUGAUGAUUCAUGAAUAUAUUGGAACUGGAGAAGACCGUGUAAGAAACAGAGAUGGGUGGAUUAAGUGGAUGGCCGAUGUUUUAUUUAACAUUCCAGUCAUUAAAACUGCUAAUGCUCACAGAGAUGCAGGCACCACUGUAUACCUGUAUGAGUACCAGCAUGCUCCCAAAUUCCUGCAGAAAAAAAGACCGAGCUUUGUCGGGAGUGAUCAUGAAGAUGAAAUCUUUAUUGUGUUUGGAUUCUGCUUCACAACUACCCACAUCAAAUUAGCUGAUGCAUGCGCUGAAGACGAGGAACAGUUGAGCAGAAUCGUGAUGAGCUACUGGGGCAACUUUGCUCGCACAGGGUCUCCUAACGGGGAUGGCCUUGCCCAUUGGCCAAAGUAUGGAGCAGAAGAGGAGUAUCUGGCAAUUGGUUUGAAGGAGCAGGUAGUUGGUCGAGCCCUGAACAAAGACCGGGUUGUGUUUAUGACUCAGACCCUCCCAGAGAAGGUCCGACAACAUAAUGAAAACACAGAGCACAGCGAGCUAUAAAACAAUUACAUCGCUUCAUUCUGUUUCAUCACUUUUGUAUUAAUUAGAAUUAAACUCGCCAAAAAUGCCGUAGACAUCCUGUGUUUAACCAUUGUGACAGUAACAGUCAUUUGACCACGAGGACAUUUUUGUCCUUUUGGUUGGUUGGUCGGAGCAGGACUCAGGUGACCCUGGAACUGAAUGUUUUUCAAUUUUGAAAAAUAAAUCUUCUUUUUGUGUA